UCCACUAUAUAAUAUUUUCAUACAUGUAUAAUUUAUCACAUUCCCAUGAAAAGUUCAACUAUUAGAUCUAGAUACUAGCUGUAGUUGAGAUGAAAAAGGCAGGAAGACAAAAAUGAAUUUUCUUUCAUACAAAUGGAUUGGACAUUGGAUGAAAAUUUUGCUCCAAUUCAAGAAGCCUCCAAUCACUUGUUUUGCUCCAAUUCAAGGACUUGAUUGCAAUUUUAGCAAAACAAAAGCUUACUUGUAUAAAAAGAAAAAAGAUAGACGGAUUCAACUGUAUACGUACAUAGAGAUCAUGGGCCCAUAAAAAAUUACUGAAAGGUUAAAAACCCUAAAAUAAGAUUAAGGCCCUUACCCGUCCGGAGGUUUAUAUUCCAAGCUGUUGGCGCUGGGUUUUGUUUCUUCUUUUGAGUCUUAGGUGCAGCCUCUUUCUCAGGCGUCCUGAUUCUUUACCAAGGAACAGCUAAAUUAUCUGAGAUGGGUCGUGUUCGCACCAAGACAGUGAAGAAGUCUUCGCGUCAGGUCAUUGAGAAGUACUACUCUCGCAUGACCUUGGACUUCCACACCAACAAGAAGAUUGUUGCAGAGGUUACUCUCAUUCCUACGAAGCGCCUUCGUAACAAGAUUGCUGGCUUCUCAACCCACUUGAUGAAGCGCAUUCAGAAGGGUCCAGUUCGUGGCAUCUCACUUAAGCUUCAAGAAGAAGAGCGCGAGCGUCGCAUGGACUUUGUUCCUGAUGAGUCAGCUAUUAAGACCGACGAAAUUAAGGUUGACAAGGAGACUCUUGACAUGCUUUCUGCUCUUGGCAUGGCUGAUAUUCCUGGUCUUCUUGAAGUUGAACCACAAACUAUGAUUGCUCCCCCAGUUUUUGGUCACCUGGGUGGUGCUGGUAGGAGAUACUGAGGUUAUUGAGCUUUGCAGGUCGUUUUGAGACUAAACAAGUUUUGAUUUUAUUACUUAAUAUUGUUGCUACUAGUUAAUUUUGAACGUGUUAUUGAAUAUGGAUGAUUUGGCACAUGGGCUGAAUGUGCAUAAAAAAAAUUGGUAUAUAAGUUCAUUUAAUUAUGAUGUCCUUCACUCGUGAUUUAUGGUUUUCAAUCAAGUAAUUGGUUUUA